UGUAAGGCAUUUAACAGGAACUAAUCAUUGUCUCUCUGUUUUCAGGCUGACUGAGCUAAAACCUUGGACCUGGAGGUUUUAGGAGGAAGGGAGGAUGUACAACGUCUCCUCACACAAACACUUUAUCCUCAAUGGCUUCAAUGAACUUGGAGCACUGAGGCCUGUCCUCUUCAUCCCAUUCUCCAUCAUGUUCAUUGUGUCACUGUUCGCAAACUCCCUGCUGAUAUACAUCAUCAUUUCACAGAGAAGCCUCCACUCACCGAUGUACAUCCUCAUCGCCAGCAUGGCAUUUGUGGACCUGAGCCUCCCGGUGUUUUAUGUCCCAAACAUGUUGCUGAGCUUCUUGUUUGACUGGAGGGAAAUCUCUCUGAUUGGCUGUCUGGUUCAGAUGAACUUCAUUCACUUUGUAGGAUCUUUUCAGUCCACAUUGCUGGUAUGGAUGGCUCUGGACCGUUAUAUUGCCAUCUGCCAGCCAUUAUACUACCAUGAACGCAUGGCUUUACCAAGAUUCCUCAAGUUUGUGAUCCCUCUUGUGAUCAGAAAUGUGUUCAUAGUCUUGUUGGUUGGGGCUUUGGCAGGAAGGUUGUCAUUUUGCCUCAGAAACAUGAUAAACAACUGUUUCUGUGAGCACAUGGCCUUGGUGGAGCUGGCCUGUGGAAGCACAGCCAUCAACAGUCUGGUGGGGUUGAUGUUUUUGUUCCUUGUUGUUGUGGUUGAUUUCUUAAUCAUCACCACCUCUUAUAUCAUCAUAUUCAGCUCUGUCCUGAGGUCAAGAACUUCAGGUGUCAAAGCUCUUCAUACCUGUGUCACCCACAUUAUGGUCAUCAGCACCAGCCUGACCAUUGUACUUAUCACCUCCCUGUCUUAUCGGAUCAGAAAUUAUCUCCCUGCAUCCAUUCAGGUUUUCCUCAGCACCAUGAAGUUGUUAUUCCCAGGCUGUUUCAACCCAAUCAUCUAUGGGAUUAGAACCAAAGAGAUCCGACAGCACAUCCUGAAGACACUAUUGCGCUGUCGCCUUGUCCAGACUGUGCCCCGCUCUUAAGAAGUGAAUAAAAAUGUAUAAUGUGAAAGUAAAAGUUAAAGUACAUCAAAAGUUAGUGACAAAAGGCAAAAUAAUCAUGGUAGGUAUAAAUUAUGAUUCACUGAGUCAAAAUCAUGAGAUACUGUAGUCUCUACCCAGGAUGAGAGGUGCCAGCCAGGAAUGGUGCUACAACACAAUCCAUCAAUCCAUCAGUACACUUCCUUCCUGUUAUCUGGCGUCAGGUCAUGGCAACAACAGACAAAGAGGGGUAUUCAGAUGCUCUA